AAAAUAGCUCCAGUGUCUGCUGUCACUUAUAGUUCAGACAGUUCGCAGACCAUGAACGUGACCAGGUGUGAACAGGUGUAUCCACUCGGCACGGCAGGAAAGCAUUGUUUCAUUGCGGACACAGUUAAUCUCUGUUAACGUUUUGCGCUGCGGAGGCAUCUUCUGACAAGGUAGCAAAUCUCGACAGAACACCGCGUCUGACGGGAGCGUGACUAGCGGUUAUUCCCGUUAAAGAUAAGCGAACAUUCAGACAUUUUAUCCAGGAGAGAAUGAAUCACACGAUGGAUUCAUCCAGACAGCAGUCAUUUUUCCUGAGAAGUACCACAGCAGUGUCUCUCCAUGAGCGCUUCUCUCAGGUUCUGACAGACCAGCUGACCCAGUCCAUGACGGUGACCCUUGACCCCAUCAUGCUGCAGCAGAUGGGGGGUGGUGACGCUCCGCAGGUUCUCCUGCUGCUGAAGAGCGGGCAGCCCACACCGCUCCACCUGCAGGCGGGUGUUUCAUUGGUGAGGAGGAGGAGCGUCUGGACGCGACUUGGCUGGCAGCCGGUGACUCGGCGUCUCUCGAUCCGCAGACCUCGAGGUUUCUGGAGCUUCAGGAACAAAUACAGAUGGAGAGCCAGGUUCACCUCCAGGAGUGGAGGGGACCUGCGCAGUCGACUCGGGCAGCGUCGCCUCCUGAGGAAAAGAAACUUCAAGAAGCUGACGGCAGCUCCAACACAACUCAGCAUGUACCUGCACGGGGGCGGGGCCAACAACCACAGAGGGCGGGGCUGGAACAGAAGCGCCGUUCCAACCAGGAAGCAGCUGGACGCCGAGCUGGACGAUUACAUGUCUCUGUCCAAGAGACGACUCGACCAAGAGCUGGACCGAUACAUGUCCAUGACCAAGAGCCGGCUGGACGCUCAGCUCGACGAGUACAUGGCCAUGGCAGGGGACACGGACCUCACCUGGGACUGAGGAGGCGGGGCCACGCUGGCCUCACCUGGGACUAAGGGGGCGGGAACACACAAACUUCUCCCGGGACUCAGAGGGAGGUAGGACAGGUUUGGAUGUUUGAUAAUUUGAUUUAGCUGCUGAAGCUCAUUACCGGUUCAUGUAUAAAAACAGGUGUGACAGGUCAGUGAUGUCACAGGGGUCAGAGCGUGAUUGAUCUCAGGUCAUCAUUUCGUCCCUUUGAACUGAAACAGGAAGUUGUGUUUAUAGAAACUACAUGUUUCUGUAGUUUUUGGUUGUCAUCCCUUUAACUGCUCUGAGACUCUGUGUGUACUUCACUGACCUC